AUGUCCGCACGCAUAUCGAUUGCCAUAUUGUGGCUCAUUUGGGCCAGGCUAAAGACCGAUGCAGCCGCGGUCAACAGCGGCGAAAGGGUCCACAUACGUCUGCACAUGCCGGAGGUUGUGCGUCAGCAUACGCAUUUUCACAAGGUCUACAAGCACUUGCCACACCCACUGCCGCCCCCUCAGCAGCUGAUGUCAGUGUCGGCGCCAAUGGGCAAGCCGCAUGUCUCGCUGCUAGGCUACACGACAACGGCGAGCGGCAGCGGGGGCAUGGCGCCCAGUCUGAGGCAGCUAAUGGCCACAGCUGCCACGCCCAUGGCCAUGCCGAUGCCCAUGCCCAUGCCCAUGCCCACGCUAACGCCAAACUAUGGACCCGCACUCUUCGAUAGCUACAAUCAUCAGCAGGCAGAGGCGGCAGCAGCGACGCCAGACACAGUAAAGCUUAGCAGCAGCGCCAGCAGCAGCAGCUCCACGCGGCAACAGCAGCAACUGCUGCAGCAGCUGUUCGCGGCGAUUACAGCCGCGCAGAAGCAGCGCUUGGAGCAGCAACUGGAAUUAGAGUCGGAGCAGGAGCAAGAUCCUGCACCGGAACCGGAACUGGAGAAUAACGAGCUGCUCAAUGAGAACUUUAUGGCUGCACUGCAGCGCGAAUAUCUGUCCAAAUUUGGCGGCAGGCAGCGCAAACGCAAGAAGGUUAACUUUGUGAGCAAGCUGCGCGGCAAGCCGCAGCAGCAGCAGAGCAGCGAGGAGCAGUUCGAUGAGUACCAGGAGCCGUACCUAGAAUCAGCCAAAGCCUGGGCGGAACUCGGCGACAAUCAGGAUGAGAAUGAAGAUGACAGUGCGGCGGCAUUUAGCGGGCAAAAUAAUGCGCUCAGUUCCGUGUCCAGUGUGGACGAGUUUCUCAAUGAUGUGGGUGGCAACGCCUUUGCGCCGCACUAUGGCAGCAUGUAUAACGAGUAUGGCAACACCGGGUACGCUGGCAGCACUGGCCACACUGGUCACACUGGUCACACUGUCUGGCAAUCCGCGCCCAGCGCUUUCAGCAGUUAUGCGCGACCCACAAAAGCCACGCCCACACAUUUGAGAGCACUUCGACAGCGACGACCCAACGAAACGGGUUCGGGCAUGGGCAGCACUGAAGCAAGUGCCGGAAAAGUGCGCUACAUCAAGUUGACAACGCGCAAGAAACGCAAAAAUCGCAUCAAAGCGAAAAGAUAUCGCACUUAG